AAGGCAUAUUUUAACGAACUAAACAUUCGUGAAUUAAAUACAAAUCGCCAACCUUACUAGAAAUUAGUCGGUGUGCUGGUUUUUCUACAUAUUCUUCUAUAAAACGAUCAUAAUGUCUGACGAAGAGGAUGAUUACAUGUCUGAUGCGUUUCUUAGUAAAAUACAAGAUGUGAAGCCCGGUGUCAGCAUGGUGAGACGAGUCAAGGAAGCAAUGAAGAGGGAGGAGCAGCAAAAGGAGAAGAACAUCCAGAACCGACAGAAGACCUACAAGGAGCAGGAGAAGGAGAGUCGAGAAGCAGCUUUACAGAGCUCCAUUAGCAAUGAAAACAAAGGAUUUGCACUUCUGCGAAAAAUGGGUUACAAAGCUGGCCAAGGCCUUGGAAAGGAAGGAGCAGGCAGAGUUGAUCCAAUUCCUCUUAAUAUAAAAACUGACAGAGGUGGCAUUGGAAUGGAAGAGGCGAAGAAACGAAAAGCUGAGGAGGAGCUUGAACAUUAUCGACAAAAAGUACGAGCCAAACAGCAGAAUGAGACGAAAUCUUUGGAAGAUUUCAGAUCAAGAGUAAGGACUGAGAGGGAGGAACGAAAGAUUGAAGGAGAUCUCGGAAGGAGUCAGCGAGCCUGUGAGCAGCUUGACAGUCAAAAGGGUACAACUGUCCCAAGAGAGGACUGGUACUGGCCUAAAGCAGAUAAUGGUGAGGAGGAGGAGGAGGAAGAUGUUCUUAACCAGCAGCCGGAGGAAGAAGAUGAAGACUUUGUGGAACUCACUUCUUUUGAUAAACUGCAAAUCUUAACAUCCUAUUUGAGAGGAGUCCAUUUUUACUGCAUAUGGUGUGGAACCACUUAUAAUGACGAAGAGGACUUAUGCUCUAACUGUCCGGGGGAUACAGCAGCUGACCAUGAAUAAACAUGGGCUUUAUUCUUCAUGUUUUGGGCUGGCAGUUUUUGAUUUUUUUACAUUUAGAAAAAUUAAGUGAUAUAUUUGAUAUUAUAUUUAAAAUACAUUGUAAAAACAUUGUGCUGUGUUUUCAUUAAAUAUUUUAUGUUCUA